GGAAGUGAAGACUACUGAGUUUCGUUUCCUUCGAGAAACUUAUUUGUACCUACUCCUUGCUGGUCUAGAAGGGGAACUAAAAGCAGUACUGACUCAAAGUGACACAGGGACAGUCGCAGGGCUCGUCUUUCUGUCUCUCAGGUGGACAAAGGUUUAGUUUGGUGUCCGCGCGCGAAACAUGAUGGAGGCAGCUGACAAAGAGGAGGAGGAUGUUGAUCUGCUUAUAGCACCACCUAAUGGCUGCAUUAACGAACUGCUGGAUGUGGGGCAAGACGACAACAUAGAGGGCCAGAUGGAGGAGUUUCUUGGCCCACAGGCAGAGUACAAUGAGGAGGAGGAGGAGAGGAAAUACUACAGGAGGAAGAGGCUGGGAGUCAUUAAGAAUGUUCUCGCAGCCAGUUUUGGAGCCAUGAUUGUGUACAGUGUGUACAUGGGUCUACUGCAGAUGCAGCUGAUCCUCCAUUAUGAUAUGACCUACCGGGAAGUGAAAUACAGCAACCUUGGCCUGGAGGACAUUGAUCGCAAGAUGCUUAUGGGCAUCAACGUCACACCCAUCAUAGGCCUGCUUUACACCCCCAUACUUAUCAGGUUUCUAGGUACUAAGUGGAUGAUGUUCCUGGCUUCAGGGAUCUAUGCACUCUUUGUCUCGACAAACUACUGGGAGCGUUACUAUACCUUGGUUCCAUCAGCUGUAGCUAUUGGCGUGGCCAUUGUGCCCCUCUGGGCCUCUUUAGGAAAUUAUAUCACAAGGAUGGCUCAGCAGUACUAUGAGUACGUCAACUAUAGGGAAGAGCAUGUGCAGGAGCAGAAGAAGCUUCCUAAGGGAGUAUGCCACAGCUACAUCAUCAUCUUUCAGUCAGUCUUCAACAUCAUCUUUCAUCUGAGUUUUGUCUUUGCGGAGUUCCCCAUGGUUUUUGUCCUCAACCACUACCUGCACGAGAACAAACACAUUCUCUGCAAUGUCAAAACCUGCGGAGCAACCGUCACUGGAGUGAUCCCCGGCUUCAACACCACAGUGCUGACCAAACUGCCUCGCUCCAUGCUGCUCAUCAAGGUGGAGAGUGUCCUCAUGGGCUUUGCCUUCCUGUCCAUGAUCAUCUUCCUUGUGCUGUGUGGCGCUGCCUACCGCCCGACAGAAGAGAUCGAUCUUCGCAGUAUUGGCUGGGGAAACAUUUUCCAGUUGCCUUUCAAACACCUGAGAGACUACCGCCUGCGACUGCUCUGCCCUUUCUUCAUCUACAGCGGAUUUGAAGUGCUGUUUGCGGUCACUGGAUUCUCCCUGUCAUAUGGUGUCUGCAUAUUGGGCCUGAAAAAACUAUGGCUCCUUGUACUCGUCUACGGCCUCUCCAGCUCCAUCUUUUCCUCCCUCUCCCUUUGCCUCCUACGCCUCCCACGCUGGGUGUGUCUGGUAGGGGGCGCUGUCGUGCAUGGGGUGCUGCUGGUGGUUCUCAUGGUAUUGUCCGUUAAUCAAAACGAAGCACAUGAGAGACCGGAGUACCUUUGGCCUCUGUUAGUGAUCUCUGUGCUGUGGGGAGUCGGCACUGCGCUGAACAAGACAGGUGUCAGCACUCUGCUGGGUAUGCUGUACGCUGAGGAAAAAGAACGUCUGGACUUUGUCUACACCAUCUAUCACUGGUGGCAGGCCAUCGCCAUCUUCAUAGUGUACCUCUGGUCCAACCUGCCGAUGAGGGCCAAACUCUCCAUCCUGUUAGCCACUCUGUUGCUGGCCUGCUACUGUUAUUGGGUGAUGGAGCGUCGGCUGGCCAAGAAAGUGGCAUACAGAAUGCCUCGCAUCCCUCGGCCACGGCACAAGGUCAAAGGCUACCGUUACCUGGAAGAGGACAACUCUGAUGAGUCAGACUCUGAAAGAAGUGAGGAGGAGGAAGGCGGGGAGGAUAAGGACGAAGAGCAUGUGGUGGAGGAGAUGGGAGCAGAGGACUGGGAGGAAGGAGGCCAAGCCGCGGGGGUCCAGGGAGCUGACUCACCCGGAACCAGGAGGAGAGGGGCAGAGGGUCACCGUCGCAGACGGGAGGACGCCUGUGUGAAGGAAGGAGAGAGGGAGGAGCGUGAGGGAGAGUGAGAGGGGAGAGAAAGGAGGACAAAUCAGAGGACAGAGGACAGAUAUACAGAAGAGUUACUGAAUGACUCCUUAUUUUUACAGAUAUUCACACUUGUCAUCAAUGUCAUUCUUCCAUACUACACUAAACAAACAGUGUGAGCUUUAAAAAGCUAAUUAACUAUUCAGCUUUAAUCACAACAGUAAUCCAGAGGUAAGGGUACAGAAACUGUAAAUACUUGCAAUUUAAAGUGGAAACAGGCAACUUUUUUCCUUUAACUAUCAUUAUGAAGUAAAUGCUGAGUGUUGGUGUAAUGAAUAUAGAAUAAUGACACCAGACACUGGGGAUAUUCCUGAGCAAGGAAAAUGAAGGCUUGAUUUAUGAGACUUAUGUAUGGAUGAAAUGAAUGAAGAAACAUUUUUUCCUGAUGUUUUCUUCCCUCCUCCCCAAUGCCAUUCCUGCUGUAAAUACUUGUCUACGCGAAGCAAUAAAGUUACUCAAAUAUGUCAUUAUGCAAUAUGCAUCUUUACAGUCGCUCUUGCCUGUUUUGCCUGCCCAAAAUGAAUUUAAAAUUCUGGCAGUUUCAUUUGCUUUCAGUUUCUUCAUGGAGGUGGACUGUAAUAAAAGUGCAAGUUGAUCCAGUCUGUGCAACAGUGGCACAAACAAUAAUAUAAUUUGGAAAAGUUGAAAAAGUUGUCUGUUUCCACUAUAACAAUAAGCAUGAAAGUCAUAGUGCACACUGGAUAAAACACGACUGCAACUCUGAAUACAGCAAAAAUAGUAUUAGAAUAAUUUUUCUUUUGCUGCAGUUUGUGCAGAUCAUUUUAGAGGACGUUGCGGUUGCUUUUGUGCUUCAUCAAGUAGAAAAAAACAUUCUGUAACAUAGAAACUGGGUAGUAAAAAAAAAGAACAGAAAGAGACAGAAAAAGAAAUGAGGAAUUGAUUUUCUAAGUUCAUCCUCCAUGUGUUUUGAUGGAACCAUUUUUAGAGAGUCUGGUCGUGCUGAAUGUGAACAACAUAAGCAGCCGUGGCUAUAUGUAAUCCUGUUUUUUUUUUUUAAAUCUUUAAUAUUUUUCAAAGAAAGGUACGGGCAGCCAGUCAUGUAUGGCUAAUGUCAGAGAGGUAUGAAAUUUAGCCUCAGGGAUAUAUUACAGUUACUAAUACAUGGACAGGUGUAUACAAUACAGUGAUCAUCUCCAAUACAACAGUAAAUGAGAUUAAGAGUAUACGGUUACGUUAGCAACUGUACUUAGCUAUUCUAAUGUUAAUAUGUUAACUUACUCACAUUAACAAUGUGUGGGCCAAAGUGUUGGAGGGACAGACAUUGCUAUCCAUAGAACUAUUUAGUCAGGAGCUGGUACAGAAGACAACACAUAAAACAAACAAGGUCAGAUCAUGGCUUGAAACUGCACACUGAUCAGGGAGUCCACAUGCCCUUAAAAAUCACCAAACGUUUUGCAAAGUCAAUCAUUUGUUAGAGGUCUUACUUUGAGGCAAAGCUUUGUUUGUGCUGAAUGCUCAUUCCUAAUUGGCCCCUGUCAUAGCAGUAAAAGCUCAAGUGUACAAAUCAUACGGCUAAUGACGCCUGAAUUCCAUUUAGCUUCUUCAGUUUCAGGUUCCUGGUUAACCUACUGUGACAAGUCAAAAUGUCUGCGGUAUAACGGACCUAUUAAUCAUGACAGGGCGGCAAGUUUGGAGAACUGCUACAGGAUAAUUCAGCGAUUUUGAGAGUCGAUACCAUGUUGUACAAAACCUUUAUGUUAUUCUUAAUUUAUCUACAGUGCUUUACUGCACAUAGUUCUCACUUCAUUUGCUGGCAUGUCUUUUGUUUUAUUGACUGUUUCUUAAGUUAUGUUGAGCUGUAAAUAACUUUACACACAUUUUCUUUUAUUUGUUUGAGUCAGGCAGCAAUAAGCCGUCGUGCUUUUAUAUAUUAUAAAUUCAUAUCCUUUUGUAGGUACUGUAGUUACACAUUAGAGUCGGGGUCAGUUCACAUAUAGUUUAUUGUGUUAAAACAAGACAGUAAUGUCCAUUUAAACCAGAUGUGUGAAGAAGGAAAGAGUCCACAUACUUAAGUGGAUAUUUAACAUUUCAUGAAGCUACUUUAUGUUGUGUCAAUCCCUGUGAAGAUGUUAAUGUAUGUAAUGUCAUUUUAUUGUCUUAAACAGUGAAACUUUGUUGCUGUGUUCACCGGAAUAAAGGUUGUAUCUCUCGCUUUAUUGCACAUGAACAGUCAACUAAA